AUGGGCAGCGUCGAUCGUGUGGCAAGCCGCUCGCUUGUGGCGACCAUGUCGAGUGAGGAGCUGGACGAGAUCCAGCGCCUUCGAGCUGCGCGUGCCUCUGGAAGACAGGGCAUCGGCUUGGGAAGCAAUCAGGAAGAUCGCGACAUUUAUGGGUCCGGAGCGUCGCGAUCGUCGUACGUGGACUCAUUGCCUACGGGGCCGGACGACGACGACGAUGACGACGAGCCUCGGCGAUCCAAUCCCCUUGAUGCCUUCACAGCACCUCAACAUUUGCUGCACGAGUUCGCUGAUGACUCGUAUGAUCCACUUGCAGAGCGUGUGGCGCAGCGGCAAUUGGCGUCGCGUCAGUCUGACUAUCAUAACCGCCGCUUUCAUCGGGAUGCAGGGCCUGAGAGCCAACAUGAUCCGUUCUCUGCAGAGAGCACGGGUGAGGAAGGAUACCGUGAUGCCAUGCGCCGGGCUAAUCUCGAGCGUGAGGAGCAGCGUGUUCGCAAGAUUAUUGAGGAAAAAGGUGAGGAGCCCAAGCCUGAUGAUUCUACUAAGCGGCGUCGUUCGCGUUGGGACGAGACACCGGCGGACGAGCCCACGGAAAAAAAGCGUUCUCGAUGGGAUCAAACACCCGUAGACGGACCCAGCAAGCCGACACGCAUUCGGUACAUGUCAGAUGAGGAACUCAAUGCGCUGCUUCCGAGCGAAGGCUACACGAUUGUGGAGCCACCGCCAGGCUAUGCGCCCGCCCAAGCACACAAGCUGCAAGAGCCAGAAUCGUCUGGAUUCUACAUGCCCGAAUCAUCGACACUUGGUGCUAUGGCGGACGACAUUGUGGCGGAUCUGCCAACGGAUGUACCAGGUGUCGGUCAAUUGGCGUUUAUGAAGCCGGAGGACCAAAAGUACUUUGGCAAGGUUCUCCAGGAAGACGAUGAAGAGGAGCGCAUCUCGCGUGCUGAGGCUAGGGAACGCGAGAUCAUGCGCUUGCUCUUGAAAAUCAAAAAUGGCACGCCGCAGCUUCGAAAGCAAGCCCUGCGGCAGAUUACGGAGCAAGCACGCACGUUUGGACCUGGUCCCUUGUUCGACAAGAUCUUGCCGCUUUUGAUGGAGCGCACGCUCGAAGACCAGGAACGCCACUUGCUUGUCAAGGUCAUUGACCGUGUUCUGUACAAACUCGAUGAGCUUGUGCGGCCCUACGUCCAUCGUAUUCUUGUGGUGAUUGAACCUCUGCUUAUUGAUGAGGAUUACUAUGUGCGUAUCGAGGGCCGCGAGAUUAUCAGCAAUCUCGCCAAGGCGGCUGGUCUGGCGCACAUGAUCAGUACGAUGCGGCCGGAUAUUGAUCAUGCUGACGAAUACGUGCGGAAUACCACCGCUCGCGCACUGGCAGUUGUCGCCUCGGCUCUGGGCAUCCCAGCGAUGCUGCCGUUCCUGCGCGCCGUCUGCCGCUCGAAGAAAAGCUGGCAGGCGCGUCACACGGGUAUCCGAGUCGUGCAGCAAUUGGCUAUCAUGAUGGGCUGUGCUGUGCUACCGCAUUUGAAAGGUUUGGUCGACUGCAUUGAAAAAGGGCUGGAGGACGAUCAGCAAAAGGUGAAGACGAUGACGGCGUUGGCACUCUCGGCAUUAGCCGAAGCGUCCGCGCCGUACGGUAUUGAGAGCUUUGAAAAUGUGCUCAAGCCACUGUGGCUGGGUAUCCGGCACCAUCGCGGACGUGGCUUGGCGGCGUUCCUCAAGGCCAUCGGAUUUAUUAUACCGCUGAUGGAUGCAGACAGCACGCUAUACUUUGUCAAGGAAGUGACGCCGACGUUGAUCCGCGAGUUUCAGAGCGCAGAUGACGAGAUGCGGCGCAUUGUCCUCAAGGUCGUCAAGCAAUGUGCGAUGACGGAAGGCGUGACCGGUGCAUUUCUGCGAAACGACUUGGCGCCGGACUACUUCCGUUGCUUCUGGGUGCGUCGUAUGGCCUUGGAUCGACGUAACUAUCGCCAGGUCGUCGAGACAACGCAGGCACUAGCGGACAAAAUGGGUGUAAGUGAGGUCGUUGAGCGGCUUGUCCACUUUCUCAAGGAUGAGAGCGAGCCGUUCCGUCGCAUGGCGAUGGAUACGAUCCGGCAUGUCGUGUCGACGCUCGGCACGGCCGAUAUCGGAGAGCGACUGGAAAUGCAGCUGGUGGACGGCAUGAUCUAUGCGUUCCAGGAGCAGUCGGACGAGGAUCGCGUCAUGCUUGACGGGACAGGCACCAUUGCUCAUGCGCUGGGCAUGCGCAUUAAGCCGUACCUCAUGCAGAUUGUGUCGACGAUUCUGUGGCGUCUCAACAACAAAAACGCCAGCACGCGCCAGCAGGCCGCGGACCUGACAACCAAGCUGGCUGUCGUGCUCAAGCAGUGUGGUGAGGAUGCGCUGCUAUCGAAUUUGGGCGUCGUUCUCUUUGAGCAACUGGGCGAAGAGUUCCCCGAGGCACUGGCGAGUAUGAUCACCGCUGAGAGUGCGAUUGCCAACGUCGUGGGCAUGACGCAGAUGAAUCCACCCGUCAGGGAUUUGCUGCCGCGCAUGACGCCCAUCCUCCGCAACCGCCAUGAGCGGGUACAGGAAGCGAGUAUCAACCUCAUUGGCCGUAUUGCUGACCGUGGUGCCGAGUUUGUGAGUGCGCGUGAGUGGAUGCGCAUUUGCUUUGAGCUGCUCGAUCUGCUCAAGGCACACAAGAAGGCUGUGCGGCGUGCGGCGAUUAACAGCUUUGGGUACAUUGCGCGGGCGAUUGGACCGCAGGAUGUCCUGCAGGUGCUUUUGACCAACCUUCGUGUCCAGGAACGACAGAGCCGUGUGUGUUCGACUGUUGCGAUUGCGAUUGUCGCCGAGACGUGCGGGCCCUUUACAUGUCUGCCGGCCAUUCUUAAUGAGUACCGCACGCCUGAGCUGAACGUCAAGCAUGGAUGUCUCAAGGCCCUGAGCUGGGUGUUUGAGUACAUUGGCGAGAUGAGCAAGGACUACGUGUACAGCGUCAUCACGCUGCUGGACGAUGCACUCACAGACCGCGACCCCGUGCACCGCCAAACAGCUGCCAGCAUUGUCAAGCACCUGGCUCUUGGCACGGCUGGCCUGGGCCGCGAAGAUGGCAUGCAGCACCUCUUCAACUUGGUGUGGCCGAAUGUCUUCGAAACAUCUCCUCACGUGAUCAAUGCUGUGAUGGAGGCCAUUGAGGCGCUGCGUGUGGCCUUGGGACCUGGUGUAAUUUUGUACCAUACGCUGCAAGGCCUCUUCCAUCCUGCUCGCAAGGUUCGUGAGGCGUACGUGCGCAUCUACAACACCAACUAUGUAGGCGCACAGGACGCGCUGGUCGCGUACUAUCCUACUCUGCAGGACCGCCCUGAAGAGCACCGCGAUUACGUGCGGCAUGACUUGGACAUGUUUGUGUAG